AGGAGAAGAGCGGAGCUGAAGGUCACAGCUGGAGGAGCAUCAUUAGCAUCCUCCUCCUCAUCGAUCCCCUGACUGAUUAUAGGUCGACUGAUCGGACACAGGAGGAACGACAGCCGGCUCCGCUGCCGCAUCCUGUCUGCGGUGCUGACACCAGAAGCCUCCCCCUGUCUCUCUCUCUCCGCUGGGCCGUCGUUCCGAGCCUGCCCAUCACUCCACCAUGGGGAACCGGGGAAUGGAGGAGCUCAUUCCGCUGGUGAACCGGCUCCAGGACGCGUUCUCCGCCAUCGGCCAGAAUUCGAACUUCGACCUGCCGCAGAUCGCGGUGGUGGGCGGACAGAGCGCCGGGAAGAGCUCGGUGCUGGAGAACUUCGUGGGCAAAGACUUCCUCCCUCGUGGAUCCGGCAUCGUCACUCGACGCCCCCUAGUGCUGCAGCUCAUCAACUGCCCAACAGAGUAUGCUGAGUUCCUGCACUGUAAAGGGAAGAAGUUCACAGACUUUGAUGAAGUCCGUCAGGAGAUUGAAGCUGAAACCGAUCGAGUGACAGGGCAGAACAAAGGCAUCAGUCCGGUUCCCAUCAACCUCAGAGUCUACUCCCCCAAUGUCCUGAACCUGACUUUGGUGGAUCUUCCCGGGAUGACAAAGGUCCCGGUGGGUGACCAGCCACCCGACAUCGAACAUCAGAUCAGAGACAUGAUCAUGCAGUUUGUUACCAAGGAAAACUGCCUCCUAUUGGCUGUUUCUCCAGCUAACUCUGACCUUGCUAACUCUGAUGCCCUGAAGAUUGCCAAGGAGGUCGACCCACAAGGUCUGAGGACCAUUGGUGUCAUCACCAAACUGGACCUGAUGGAUGAAGGAACAGAUGCCAGAGACAUCCUGGAGAACAAACUGUUGCCACUACGAAGAGGUUACAUCGGGGUCGUAAAUCGCAGUCAGAAAGACAUCGACGGGAAGAAAGACAUCAACGCAGCUCUGCAGGCUGAAAGGAAGUUCUUCCUGUCGCACCCGUCUUACCGUCACCUGGCUGACCGCAUGGGCACUGCCUACCUGCAGAAAAUUCUCAACCAGCAACUGACCAAUCACAUCCGAGACACAUUGCCAGGAUUGCGCAGCAAAUUACAGAGUCAGCUACUGUCCAUCGAGAAGGAGGUGGAGGAGUACAAGAACUUCAGACCGGAUGACCCAAGCCGCAAGACCAAGGCCCUGCUGCAGAUGGUGCAGCAGUUUGCAGUGGACUUUGAGAAGAGGAUCGAAGGAUCUGGGGACCAGGUGGACACCUACGAGCUGUCAGGAGGAGCAAAGAUCAACCGCAUCUUCCAUGAACGCUUCCCCUUCGAACUGGUCAAGCUAGAGAGUGAUGAGAAGACUCUUCGUAAGGAGAUUAGCUACGCCAUCAAGAACAUCCACGGAAUCAGGACGGGUCUGUUUACUCCUGACAUGGCGUUCGAGACGAUCGUGAAGCGUCUGAUCGCUCAACUCAAAGAGCCGUGUCAGAAAUGUGUUGACAUGGUGAUCAGUGAGCUGGUGAACACUGUCAGGCAGUGCACGCAGAAGCUGGCUCAGUAUCCAUUGCUCAGAGAGGAGAUGGAGAGAAUCGUCACUCAGCACAUCAGAGACCGAGAGAGCCGCACCAAAGGGCAGGUGAUGCUACUGAUUGACAUCGAGUUGUCCUACAUGAACACAAACCAUGAAGACUUCAUCGGCUUCGCAAAUGCUCAGCAGAAGAGCAGUCAGAUGAGCAAGAAGAAGGCAACAGGAAAUCAGGAUGAGAUCAUGGUGAUCCGUAAAGGUUGGCUCACCAUCAACAACAUAGGCAUUAUGAAGGGUGGAGCCAAAGAGUACUGGUUCGUCCUGACUGCUGAGACCCUGUCCUGGUACAAAGACGAUGAGGAGAAAGAGAAGAAAUACAUGCUGCCUGUAGACAACCUGAAACUGAAGGACAUCGAGAAGAGCUUCAUGUCCAGCAAACACAUCUUUGCCCUGUUCAACACUGAACACAGAAAUGUGUACAAGGACUACCGUCAGCUGGAGCUGGCCAGCGAGUCUCAAGAAGAGGUUGACGGCUGGAAGGCUUCUUUCCUACGUGCUGGAGUGUACCCUGAACGCAACGUGGAUAAAGAGAAGGUGGAGGUGGAGGAGUCAAGUGGUGAUGGGCAGAUUCACAGUCUGGACCCUCAGCUGGAGCGACAGGUGGAAAUUGUUAGGAACCUGGUGGACUCGUACCUGGCCAUCAUCCACCGUACCGUCAGGGACCUCAUCCCCAAGACCGUCAUGCACCUGAUGGUCAACAAUACAAAGGAGUUCAUCCACUCUGACCUGCUCGCUCAGCUGUACUCCUGCGGAGACCAGAACACCCUGAUGGAGGAGUCCCAGGAACAGGCUCAGCAUCGUGAUGAAAUGCUCAGGAUGUACCACGCACUGCGAGAGGGCCUCAGCAUCAUCGGUGACAUCAGCACCUCUACCGUCACCACGGCGAUGCCUCCACCUGUAGAUGACUCUUGGCUGCAGGUGACGGGGAUGCCAUCAGGACGCAGGUCCCCCAUGUCCAGUCCGACCCCCCAGCGUCGGGCCCCUCCUGGCCCUCCUCGUCCAGGUGGUCGUGCUGCUCCGGGUCCCCCCUCUCGUCCAGCGGUGUCACCUGAUCCUGGACCCCCACCCUCUGUCCCCUCACGGCCUAACAGAGCGCCACCACCUGGAGUUCCCAGAAUCUCUAUCACUGACCAGUGAGGAGUUCACCAAUGUCGUCCCAGUAAAGGUAGCCCUGCCCACGGAGAGAGCCCCCAGUCUUCUAUUGAGGGUUAAGCUGAACUGAGUAUGUGUUUGUGUCUCUACUGAAGCUGUGUUACUGUGAACCUUAUAGUAAUAAACAUAUUGAUUAUUAUCAGCACAUUAUGACUGUAUAGCAACUGAUCAGCAAACAACUUCUGCAGUACUCGUGUAUAAAUAUCAUGAUCGUCUCACCACAGACAGAAACAUGACCAAUCAGCUCACAGCAGGUCAAUAAUUACUCUAGACGACUCCGGAGAUGUUGAAGUGAAGAGGUCUCACUCCACUCUGGAUGUUCAGUCUGAGAGCAGCGCUUCGAUGAAAUCCUGAGACUUUUAUUUUCACUUCCUGUUCUGAUCGAUGGUGACGUUUCUUUACAGUGUAAAGUUUACAGUUGUGUAUUUAUUAAUUAUUUAUUGAUUUAUUUAUUUGAAAUCAGUUGAUUUAUUAUUUAUUUUAUUCUGCUGGAUUUUAAAAACUGUGUAAUUCCAGAUGUUUGGUCCUGCUGGCAUCUGUCCUCUCACCUGUAGCUACACUGAACAUGUGACUUGUGUGGACCACCACACAUCCACUGUAAUCAGGAAAGGGGGUCAACCAGACAAAGGCUCUGCAUGGUCUUUUUUAAAAUUAAAUUACCUGUACACAGGAGGUCAUCUGAUUGGCUCGGUCUGUCUGUCUUUUGGCAGAGUUACUCAAAAAGUCCAGAUGUUCCCAGAGAUGGGGUUUGGCCUCUCAUCUGGAUUCAGAUCUCUUUCAGAAUCCAGGGACUUGUGAAAUUAGCUGAGAGCAGACUGUACAAGAUGGAUGUAGCUGCUGUGAUGUCAUUCAGUGAUUUGUAAAUCCCGCUAUGAAGCCUUUUAUCACC